AUAUAAAAGAGUUUAUAGUACGAGUGGUACCAAGUAUAUAUCAUAUUCAGUCUGAAACGAAAGCGUUACAACCUCUCUUUGCCACCUAUAGUGAUCAGUUAAAGGGAGUUAAAUCUUGGAAACCUCCAAAAAAGGUAAGGUUUUUUGGUGUUAUAGUAGAUUUAAAACAGUUUAUUACCUCCAACUGUCUGGGGUUUGUAUUGGCUGGAUUGAGUAGUCAUGUGACCAGUGUACGUCAAGCCUGUUAUCUUAUAUUAAAACAAUAUUAUGACCGACUGUCUACAGCUACAUUCCCCGAGGUUGAAGAAAUAAAGUAUCUGUUAGAGUUAUUACGAGGAAGUAUUGAAACUCCCAGUAUGAAACUCUGUACUGUUAUUACUGUGUUUUUAUCCAAGAUGGCCAAACUUCUUCUUAGUCCUGAAAAUCACAUGUAUAAAAGUUUAACGACAUUUUUAAUGUCAAAACCAACAUUAGAGUUUGACAGAAUUCCUGGUUUUUACAGAUUCUUUAAUAGUUCUGAAUUAGACCAUCAUCAAGAACGUCAGUGGAUGUUAAAUAUGAUAUUAGACGGGUUACGAACCUAUGAUGAUUUUAGAAUCUAUGAAACAUUAUACAGUUUUAAAUUAUUACAAUCUUAUUACCAGAGUUUACUCAGUGAUCUUCAUAGUCAGACUAUAAUAUUAAAGAUUAUUAACUCGGUGUGUAUAGAUAUAGAAACUAUCACUGUAUUAUAUGAGAAACAUGGUAUAUUAACCUGGUUUCUAGGUGUUAUUCUACAACUGUAA